UCCAUCAGUGCAUCUUCAACAUCUUCAUUUUCAGUGACCAACAUGAGCUUCAAAUUAAAGUCAGGCUGCAGAUCGAGCUGCCACACCACCUCCGGCUUUAGCAUCCCUUAUGUGAGCCGAAUUCAUGGAGGACUGAAAGCUGGGAAAGACGUCUUCAUCCAGGGAGCUGUUCCUGCUGGAUCUGACGGCUUUGUGGUGAAUCUGAAGUGUGGAGAGUCUGACGGGGAUGACAUCGCCUUCCAAAUGAAGCCUCAGUUUACCAGUAACUCCACUGCGGUAAACAGCCGCAAUAAUGGAUCAUGGGGAAAAGAGGAGAAACUGGACUUUCCUUUAAAACCAGGGGGCAGCUUUGAUCUGAUCAUUGCAGUGAAUUCUGAAGGAUAUCAGGUGUUUUUGAGCGGACAAGAAGUCGGUCGGUUUCAGCAUCGUAUAUCUCUGGAACGCGUCAACACUCUGGCUGUUGCAGGAGGGGUUUCUUUAACAAACGUGGCGUUCACCGAGGGCUGGUCUGGGUCUUCUAGCAUUAGGGGUGGCAGGGGCAUGCAUCACUCACAUCAUGGGGUUUUUAGAGGACAUUCAUCUAUGAGGGAGGGAACCUGGUCUUUCACUGAGACCAAACAUCAUCCGUCAACUACCCAUCUGACAACUGAACUUUCGCUAAGCAACCCAGUCCAAAAUCCUAAACUCCCUUAUGUGGGCCCCAUUUCAGGAGGACUGAGAGAAGGCAUGGCCUUGUAUGUCAAAGGAGUUGUUCCUAAAAACGCUGACCGGUUUGCACUAAAUUUCAAGACUGGGACUUCUGACAAUGAUGACGUUGCUUUCCAAUUCAACCCUCGAAUGGAGCAGAAUGUGACCAUGAACAGUUUCCAGAACGGAGCAUGGGGAACUGAGGAAAGUGUCUCAGACAAUCCCUUUACAAAGGGACAAGAUUUUGAGAUGUUGACUGCCAUCACAUCUGCAGGAUAUCAGGUCUAUGUGAACGGCAAGGAACUGUACACAUUCAAGCACCAUAUACCACUGGAAAGAGUGACAGUGUUAAAUGUUGGUGGAGAUGUAGCCCUGAACCUUUUUGGCUUCAUUCAAAACUUGAGCACUUCUGCAUUUCCUACCAGAGACACAAAAACAUUCACCAGCUUCGGCAGCUCACAUGCGAAAUGGUCCAGCACACACUUUGAGAUCUCGCAACCAGUCCAACACCCUAACCUUCCUCGUGUGGUCCAGAUUCCCGGAGGACUGAAAGAAGGCAUGAUCUUGUACAUGAAAGGAGCUGUUCCUACUAAUGCUGACAGAUUUGAAUUGAAUUUCAAGACUGGGCAGUCAGGGGAUGAUGACACUGCUUUCCAUUUCAACCCUCGGAUGGAUAAGAACGUGGCCAUGAACAGCGUAAUUAAUGGAAAAUCUGGAACAGAAGAAAUUAUCUCUGACAACCCUUUUAAAAAAGGAGAACCAUUUGAGAUGUUAACUAUGAUCAAACCUGAAGGGUAUCAGGUGCACGUGAAUGGCAAAGAACAGUGCAUAUUCAGACACCGUACACCUCUCGAAAGAGUGUCAGCAUUAAAUAUCAGUGGAAAUGUUGCUGUAAAAAACUUGGAGAUCUCGCAGCCAAUCCAAAACCCAAAUAUUCCUUAUGUGGGCCAAGUUCCUGGAGGACUGAAAGAAGGCAUGGCCUUGUACAUGCAGGGUGUUGUUCCUGAUAAUGCUGACCAAUUCGAGAUCAAUUUCAAGACUGGGCAGUCUGGCAGUGAUGACAUUGCUUUCCACUUCAACCCCCGAAUGGGCCAGAAGGUAUUCAUGAACAGCUUCAGGAAGGGAGCAUGGGGAACUGAGGAAAGUGUCUCAGACAACCCCUUUACAAAGGGACAACGCUUUAAGAUGUUGACUGCCAUCACGUCUGCAGGAUAUCAGGUGUACGUGAAUGACAAAGAACUGUGCACAUUCAAGCACCGUCUACCACUGGAAAGAGUGUCAACAUUAAAUAUCAGUGGAAAUGUUGCCAUCAACUCUCUUGGCUCCAUACAAAACUGGAGCACAUCCUCACCUGUUACUCAAACCAAGUCUACAAUCCCCAGCCUGGGCAGUUCACAUGAGAAAUGGUCCACCACACACUUAGAGAUUUCGCAACCAGUCCAAAACCCUAACCUUCCUCGCGUGGUCCAGAUUCCCGGAGGACUGAAAGAAGGCAUGAUCUUGUACAUGAAAGGAGCUGUUCCUAAUAAUGCUGACAGAUUUGAAAUCAAUUUCAAGACUGGGCAGUCAGGGGAUGAUGACACUGCUUUCCAUUUCAACCCUCGGAUGGAUAAGAACGUGGCCAUGAACAGCGUAAUUAAUGGAAAAUCUGGAACAGAAGAAAUUAUCUCUGACAACCCUUUUAAAAAAGGAGAACCAUUUGAGAUGUUAACUGUCAUCAAACCUGAAGGAUAUCAGGUGUGCAUGAAUGGCAAAGAACAGUGCAUAUUCAAGCACCGUACACCUCUUGAAAGAGUGUCAGCAUUAAAUAUCAGUGGAGAUGUUGCUGUAAAAAACUUGGAGAUCUCACAGCCAAUCCAAAACCCAAGUAUUCCUUAUGUGGGCCAAGUUCCUGGAGGACUGAAAGAAGGCAUGGCCUUGUACAUGCAGGGUGUUGUUCCUGAUAAUGCUGACCAAUUUGAGAUCAAUUUCAAGACUGGGCAGUCUGGCAGUGAUGACAUUGCUUUCCACUUCAACCCCCGAAUGGGCCAGAAGGUAUUCAUGAACAGCUUCAGGAAGGGAGCAUGGGAAACUGAGGAAAGUGUCUCAGACAAUCCCUUUACAAAGGGACAACACUUUAAGAUGUUGACUGCCAUCACGUCUGCAGGAUAUCAGGUGUACGUGAAUGACAAAGAACUGUGCACAUUCAAGCACCGUCUACCACUGGAAAGAUUGUCAACAUUAAAUAUCAGUGGAAAUGUUGCCAUCAACUCUCUUGGCUCCAUACAAAACUGGAGCACAUCCUCACCUGUUACUCAAGCCAAGUCAACAAUCCCCAGCCUGGGCAGUUCACAUGAGAAAUGGUCCACGACACACUUGGAGAUUUCGCAACCAGUCCAAAACCCUAACCUUCCUCGCGUGGUCCAGAUUCCCGGAGGACUGAAAGAAGGCAUGAUCUUGUACAUGAAAGGAGCUGUUCCUAAUAAUGCUGACAGAUUUGAAAUCAAUUUCAAGACUGGGCAGUCAGGGGAUGAUGACACUGCUUUCCAUUUCAACCCUCGGAUGGAUAAGAACGUGGCCAUGAACAGCGUAAUUAAUGGAAAAUCUGGAACAGAAGAAAUUAUCUCUGACAACCCUUUUAAAAAAGGAGAACCAUUUGAGAUGUUAACUGUCAUCAAACCUGAAGGAUAUCAGGUGCACGUGAAUGGCAAAGAACAGUGCACAUUCAAGCACCGUACACCUCUUGAAAGAGUGUCAGCAUUAAAUAUCAGUGGAGAUGUUGCUGUAAAAAACUUCGAGAUCUCACAGCCAAUCCAAAACCCAAGUAUUCCUUAUGUGGGCCAAGUUCCUGGAGGACUAAAAGAAGGCAUGGCCUUGUACAUGCAGGGUGUUGUUCCUGAUAAUGCUGACCAAUUCGAGAUCAAUUUCAAGACUGGGCAGUCUGGCAGUGAUGACAUUGCUUUCCACUUCAACCCCCGAAUGGGCCAGAAGGUAUUCAUGAACAGCUUCAGGAAGGGAGCAUGGGGAACUGAGGAAAGUGUCUCAGACAAUCCCUUUACAAAGGGACAACGCUUUAAGAUGUUGACUGCCAUCACGUCUGCAGGAUAUCAGGUGUACGUGAAUGACAAAGAACUGUGCACAUUCAAGCACCGUCUACCACUGGAAAGAUUGUCAACAUUAAAUAUCAGUGGAAAUGUUGCCAUCAACUCUCUUGGCUCCAUACAAAACUGGAGCACAUCCUCACCUGUUACUCAAGCCAAGUCAACAACCCCCAGCCUCGGCAGCUCAUAUGGAAAAUGGUCCACCACACACUUGGAGAUCUCGCAACCAGUCCAACACCCUAAUCUUCCUUGUGUGGUCCAGAUUCCCGGAGGACUGAAAGAAGGCAUGAUCUUGUACAUGAAAGGAGCUGUUCCUACUAAUGCUGACAGAUUUGAAUUGAAUUUCAAGACUGGGCAGUCAGGUGAUGAUGACACUGCUUUCUAUUUCAACCCUCGGAUGGAUAAGAACGUGGCCAUGAACAGCGUAAUUAAUGGAAAAUCUGGAACAGAAGAAAUUAUCUCUGACAACCCUUUUAAAAAAGGAGAACCAUUUGAGAUGUUAACUAUCAUCAAGCCUGAAGGGUAUCAGGUGCACGUGAAUGGCAAAGAACAGUGCAUAUUCAAGCACCGUACACCUCUUGAAAGAGUGUCAGCAUUAAAUAUCAGUGGAGAUGUUGCUGUAAACAACUUGGAGAUCUCGCAGUCAAUCCAAAACCCAAAUAUUCCUUAUGUGGGCCAAGUUCCUGGAGGACUGAAAGAAGGCAUGGCCCUGUACAUGCAGGGUAUUGUUCCUGACAAUGCUGACCAAUUUGAGAUCAAUUUCAAGACUGGGCAGUCUGGCAGUGAUGACAUUGCUUUCCACUUCAACCCCCAAAUGGGCAAGAAGGUGGUCAUGAACAACUUCAGGAACGGAGCAUGGGGAACUGAGGAAAGUGUCUCAGACAACCCCUUUACAAAGGGACAACACUUUAAGAUGUUGACUGCCAUCACAUCAGCAGGAUAUCAGGUGUACGUGAAUGACAAAGAACUGUGCACAUUCAAGCACCGUCUACCACUGGAACAAUUGUCAACAUUAAAUAUCAGUGGAAAUGUUGCCAUCAACUCUCUUGGCUCCAUACAAAACUGGAGCACAUCCUCACCUGUUACUCAAGCCAAGUCAACAAUCCCCAGUCUGGGCAGCUCACAUGGGAACUGGUCCACCACACACUUGGAGAUCUCGCAACCAGUCCAACACCCUAACAUUCCUCGUGUGGUCCAGAUUCCCGGAGGACUGAAAGAAGGCAUGAUCUUGUACAUGAAGGGAGAUGUUCCUACUAAUGCUGACAGAUUUGAAUUGAAUUUCAAGACUGGGCAGUCAGGUGAUGAUGACACUGCUUUCCAUUUCAACCCUCGGAUGGAUAAGAACGUGGCCAUGAACAGCGUAAUUAAUGGAAAAUCUGGAACAGAAGAAAUUAUCUCUGACAACCCUUUUAAAAAAGGAGAACCAUUUGAGAUGUUAACUAUCAUCAAGCCUGAAGGGUAUCAGGUGCACGUGAAUGGCAAAGAACAGUGCAUAUUCAAGCACCGUACACCUCUUGAAAGAGUGUCAGCAUUAAAUAUCAGUGGAGAUGUUACUGUAAAAAACUUGGAGAUCUCACAGCCAAUCCAAAACCCAAGUAUUCCUUAUGUGGGCCAAGUUCCUGGAGGACUGAAAGAAGGCAUGGCCUUGUACAUGCAGGGUGUUGUUCCUGAUAAUGCUGACCAAUUUGAGAUCAAUUUCAAGACUGGGCAGUCUGGCAGUGAUGACAUUGCUUUCCACUUCAACCCCCGAAUGGGCCAGAAGGUAUUCAUGAACAGCUUCAGGAAGGGAGCAUGGGAAACUGAGGAAAGUGUCUCAGACAACCCCUUUACAAAGGGACAACGCUUUAAGAUGUUGACUGCCAUCACGUCUGCAGGAUAUCAGGUGUACGUGAAUGACAAAGAACUGUGCACAUUCAAGCACCGUCUACCACUAGAAAGAGUGUCAACAUUAAAUAUCAGUGGAAAUGUUGCCAUCAACUCUCUUGGCUCCAUACAAAACUGGAGCACAUCCUCACCUGUUACUCAAGCCAAGUCAACAAUACCCAGCCUGGGCAGCUCACAUGAGAAACGGUCCAGCACACACUUGGAGAUCUCGCAACCAGUCCAGCAUGCUAACCUUCCUUGUGUGGUCCAGAUUCCUGGAGGACUGAAAGAAGGCAUGAUCUUGUACAUGAAAGGAGCUGUUCCUAAUAAUGCUGACAGAUUUGAAAUCAAUUUCAAGACUGGGCAGUCAGGGGAUGAUGACACUGCUUUCCAUUUCAACCCUCGGAUGGAUAAGAACGUGGCCAUGAACAGCGUAAUUAAUGGAAAAUCUGGAACAGAAGAAAUUAUCUCUGACAACCCUUUUAAAAAAGGAGAACCAUUUGAGAUGUUAACUAUGAUCAAACCUGAAGGGUAUCAGGUGCACGUGAAUGGCAAAGAACAGUGCAUAUUCAGACACCGUACACCUCUUGAAAGAGUGUCAGCAUUAAAUAUCAGUGGAGAUGUUGCUGUAAACAACUUGGAGAUCUCGCAGCCAAUCCAAAACCCAAAUAUUCCUUAUGUGGGCCAAGUUCCUGGAGGACUGAAAGAAGGCAUGGCCCUGUACAUGCAGGGUAUUGUUCCUGACAAUGCUGACCAAUUUGAGAUCAAUUUCAAGACUGGGCAGUCUGGCAGUGAUGACAUUGCUUUCCACUUCAACCCCCAAAUGGGCCAGAAGGUGGUCAUGAACAGCUUCAGGAACGGAGCAUGGGGAACUGAGGAAAGUGUCUCAGACAACCCCUUUACAAAGGGACAACACUUUAAGAUGUUGACUGCCAUCACAUCAGCAGGAUAUCAGGUGUACGUGAAUGACAAAGAACUGUGCACAUUCAAGCACCGUCUACCACUGGAACAAUUGUCAACAUUAAAUAUCAGUGGAAAUGUUGCCAUCAACUCUCUUGGCUCCAUACAAAACUGGAGCACAUCCUCACCUGUUACUCAAGCCAAGUCAACAAUCCCCAGCCUGGGCAGCUCACAUGGGAACUGGUCCACCACACACUUGGAGAUCUCGCAACCAGUCCAACACCCUAACAUUCCUCGUGUGGUCCAGAUUCCCGGAGGACUGAAAGAAGGCAUGAUCUUGUACAUGAAGGGAGAUGUUCCUACUAAUGCUGACAGAUUUGAAUUGAAUUUCAAGACUGGGCAGUCAGGUGAUGAUGACACUGCUUUCCAUUUCAACCCUCGGAUGGAUAAGAACGUGGCCAUGAACAGCGUAAUUAAUGGAAAAUCUGGAACAGAAGAAAUUAUCUCUGACAACCCUUUUAAAAAAGGAGAACCAUUUGAGAUGUUAACUAUCAUCAAGCCUGAAGGGUAUCAGGUGCACGUGAAUGGCAAAGAACAGUGCAUAUUCAAGCACCGUACACCUCUUGAAAGAGUGUCAGCAUUAAAUAUCAGUGGAGAUGUUGCUGUAAACAACUUGGAGAUCUCGCAGCCAAUCCAAAACCCAAAAAUUCCUUAUGUGGGCCAAGUUCCUGGAGGACUGAAAGAAGGCAUGGCCUUGUACAUGCAGGGUGUUGUUCCUGAUAAUGCUGACCAAUUUGAGAUCAAUUUCAAGACUGGGCAGUCUGGCAGUGAUGACAUUGCUUUCCACUUCAACCCCCAAAUGGGCCAGAAGGUAUUCAUGAACAGUUUCAGGAACGGAGCAUGGGAAACUGAGGAAAGUGUCUCAGACAACCCCUUUACAAAGGGACAACGCUUUAAGAUGUUGACUGCCAUCACAUCUGCAGGAUAUCAGGUGUACGUGAAUGACAAAGAACUGUGCACAUUCAAGCACCGUCUACCACUGGAAAGAUUGUCAACAUUAAAUAUCAGUGGAAAUGUUGCCAUCAACUCUCUUGGCUCCAUACAAAACUGGAGCACAUCCUCACCUGUUACUCAAGCCAAAUCAACAAUCCCCAGCCUGGGCAGCUCACAUGGGGAGCAGUCUACCACACACUUGGAGAUCUCACAACCAGUCCAACACCCUAACCUUCCUUAUGUGGGCCCCAUUUCAGGAGGACUGAGAGAGGGCAUAGCCUUGUACUUGCAGGGUGUUGUUCCUCCUGAAGCUGACAAAUUUGAGAUAAAUUUUAAGACUGGGCAGUCUGGCAGUGAUGACAUUGCUUUCCACUUUAACCCCCGAAUCGGCCAGAUUGUGGCUUUGAACAGCUUCAGGAAUGGAAGAUGGGAAACUCAGGAAAGCAUCUCCAACAACCCCUUUAAAAAGGGGGAAGCUUUUGAGAUGUUCACUGUCAUUAAAUCUGAAGGAUAUCAGGUGUAUGUGAAUGGCAAGGAACAUUGCACAUUCAAGCACCGUAUACCACUGGAAAAAGUAUCCACAUUAAGUAUUGUUGGAGGAGUUUCAGUUAACCUUUUGGGCUUCAUUCAAAACUGGACCAAAUCCUCAUUUUGUACUAAAGUGAAGUCAACAAUCACCUGUACGGACAGCUCACACAAGGAACAGUCCAGCGUACACUCAGAGAUCUCGCAAGCAGUCCAAAACCCUAGUCUUCCUUAUGUGGGCCCCAUUUCAGGAGGGCUGAGAGAAGGCAUGGCCUUGUACUUGCAGGGUGCUGUUCCUCAUAAUGCUGACAAGUUUGAAAUUAAUUUCAAGACUGGGCAGUCUGGCAGUGAUGACAUUGCUUUCCACUUCAACCCCCAAAUGGACCACAAGGUGGCCAUGAAUAGCUUCAGGAACGGAGCAUGGGAAACUGAAGAAAGCAUCUCAGACAAUCCCUUUAAAAAGGGACAAGAUUUUGAGAUGUUGAUGGUCCUCCAGCCAGAAGGAUAUCAAGUAUAUGUAAAUGGCAAGGUGCUGUACACAUUCAAGCACCGUAUACAACUAGAAAAAGUGUCCACCUUAAAUAUAUUUGGAGGUGUUGCUGUGAACCUUUUUGGCUUCAUUCAGAACUGGAGCAAAUCCUCAUUUGCUUCCCAAGUCAAGUCAACAUUCACUAGUCUGGGCAGCUCACAUAUGGAGCAAUCAACCACACACUCAGAGAUCUUGCAAGCAGUCCAAAACCCUAACCUUCCUUAUGUGGGCCCCAUUUCAGGAGGACUGAGAGAAGGCAUGGCUUUGUACUUCCAGGGUGUUGUUCCUCCUGAAGCUGACAAAUUUGAGAUAAAUUUCAAGACUGGCAGUGAUGACAUUGCUUUCCACUUUAACCCCCAAAUGGGGCAGAAUUUGGCCAUGAACAGCUUCAGGAAGGGAAGAUGGGAAACUCAAGAAAGCGUCUCCAACAACCCCUUUAAAAAGGGGGACGCUUUUGAGAUGUUCAUGGUCAUCAAAUCUGAAGGAUAUCAGGUAUAUGUAAACGAAAACGACCUGUACACAUUCAAGCACCGUAUACCACUGGAAAAAGUGUCCACCUUGAAUAUUGUUGGAGCGGUUUCUAUGAGCAUUUUUGGGUUGAUUCAAAAUUGGAGCAAAUCCUCAUUUACUACCAAAGUCAAGUCAACAAUCACCAGUCUGGGAAGCUCACAGUGGGACCUGUCCACAAUACAAUCAAAGGCCUUACAAGCAGUGCAAAAUCCUAACCUUCCAUAUUUGGGCCAGAUCCCUGGAGGACUGAGAGAAGGCAUGACCUUGUAUGUGAAGGGAGUUGUUCCUAGAAAUGGAGACAGGUUUUCAAUCAACUUCAAGACCGGGUCUACUGAUAAUGAUGACAUUGCUUUCCACUUCAAUCCCCGAAUGGGCUCAAAGCUGGUCAUGAACAGUCUGAAGAGCGGGAGAUGGGGAGCGGAGGAAUACGUCUCUGAAAACCCCUGUAAAAAGGGAGAUGCUUUUGAGUUCUACAUUCAGAUCAAAGCUGAAGGAUAUCAGGUGCAAUUCAGAGACCACAAGCAGAGCAUGUUCAAGCACCGCAUCCCUUUUGAAAGAGUGACAACAAUCAACGUUCUGGGGAAUGUCUCUAUCAGCUUUCUUGGAUUUGUCAUGGGGAUGUGAGCUGGAUCAUUUCUGUGGCGGCUUCCACUGCAUUAAAGUGCACUCAGAGAGAGAAAAUUGUGCACAAUCUCAUCCUGAUAUUCAUACAGCACGUAUAUCACUGAUUCCAGCCUAAUGCAUCAUGGCAAACCAAGGUCACUACAUUUGUGGCAAUGCAAGCAAAUUAAAUCCAUUUACUCAAGUUUCAAAAGUAAUGGGCUUUAUGAUUUUCUGUAAUGUUGAGUCUAGUUUUCACACCCUGUUUUUGCAUAAAUGGCCACAAGGUGGAACUCUUUCUACAGUGUUAAUGUCAACAAUCUGAAAUCAAUAAUAUGCUUAUUAAAAUAAUUAAACAACAUAUUUUAAGUUGAGUCCUACACAUGGUCCUGUUUAAAAAUUUCCAAUCCUUAAGUUGCAUUUCUUUACAUGUUAUUUCAUAUUUACUUCAGUUGCUUAAACUUACUGCUUAAUAUAAUGACAAGCAUUUUUAGUGAAAAGAAAACAUACUUCUUCAUAUACUUCCAUGCACUUCUUCAUAUGGGUGAUUCUAGAAUUGCAGGUCAUUUUGCUAAAGCUUCUAUUAUUUUUGUUCUUAAUUAAACACUUUUAAUUAAUGACACAAAUUUUAUCAAUUGAUCUCUAAAAUAAAGUUUGUAUGGGUAUUUAGGGACAUUUUUGUCUUAAAAAUAUUUACUUAAAGGCUCCCACUUUACCUAUGUUUAACUGUCUCUGCCUCCUGAAUCAUAUUCAGCUUCAAUUAUCAUCAAAUAAUCAAGGCUAAUAGUCAUCUUUUGUGUGUGUUUACUCUAUGAAGUCAAAUAAACGUUUGCAUGUACAUCUAUGUUCUGUAUUACUUGUAACUUCAUAUAUUAAAAAACCCAUUUAGUGUGUG